AGCCCUUGAACGCACCAUUGUACGUGCGCUAGCCUUCUCCCACACUGCACAGAUUGUCAACUAUACUGUAUUUUUAUGAGUUUUUUUCACUUCAUAUUUGCUCCCAAAUGCUGAUACUCUGUGGGAAUGCAUAAAGGUGGCCCAGAGCUAUGACAUUAGUGAAAUGUGGAUAAAAUCAUCUUCAAGAGGAUCUUCGUGCACAAACGUAUUCACCUUCCUUGUCAGAGUGAAAAAGCGAAGCUCACACUGGGCAAAGACCCUUCCUCUGCUUGUUCUACUCACAGGUCUUGCUUCCUGUAAUCACACUGCCACGACACCACCCUCUGUGAAAAGCGCACUAUACUACUUCAUUGACAUCACUGUUGAUGUGACCGGGCCCACGAAGAAUGAAUCGGAAAUCACUUCCUGGCUCCGACAGGUGUUCCAAACCAAGCGGGAGAGUUGCGUUUCUCCAAACGAAGGACACAACUCAACUGCUGCACCCACUACGUUGCCAGCUACGCCUGCAAAUGAGACAACAACUUUGUCACAAAACCACAGCACAACUUCACCAACAACAAAUGUGACCCAAGGCAACUUUACAACCACACUGCGGAGCAGGAACACUACUACUGCAGAAACAACAGUGCAGAGCAACAACACCACUGUGACACAAAACAUGACUGCAUCUAUAACCACAAUACAAAACAACACUACUGCAACUACAAUACAAAGCAAUACAACAAUACCCCCAACCGCAGUACAGAACACUACUGCUGUUACCGCCACCAUACAAAACAACAUCACUACUGCAGCUAUAACCUCAUUACAAAAUAACACUACUGCUGCUACAACCACCAUACAGAACAACACUACUGCGGCUAUAACCUCAUUACAAAACAACACUACUGCUGCUACAACCACCAUACAGAACAACACUACUGCGGCUAUAACCUCAUUACAAAACAACAGUACUGCUGCUGCAACCUCAUUACAAAACACAGCAGCAACAAGCAGAGCUGCAACAGAAGACGCUGACGCUGGCACGAGCGUUGACACCAGCCCCAUCACAGCCAACAAUGGAGAUGAAAAGGCAGAAAUAUUAAAUACCAGCCCGUCAAACAAGGCACGUUUUAUUCGAGACGUUGCACAGAGCAGCAAGUCAAGUGACUUAUUCCAGGGAGUUGAAGUCUCCUGUGCCAAGAAGACUCAAAUAAGAAGGACCAACUGCUUGGUGAUGCUGGCAUUGAAGGAGAGUGUGCUGCCAUGUUGCGUCCUCCAAAUGCUCUGCAAAGCUAAUAAAAAUUCAUCUGAUAUUCACGUGGAGGGAAAGAGAGCAAAUCGUUUGACUCCUUUGAGGGACACCUGCAGCGGUGAUCAUCUGGAGGAACACAUCUGUAUUUAUAAUUCAACCAAUUCAACAUGUCAAGAUUCAGAGUUUAGGGCGCCACCGUGUGGUUCAGAUAUGAAUAAACACUGCAGCUGCUUGUCUUACUGCAAUGGGGCUGAUGCAUAUUACACUUUUGAAAUAUCACUGAAAGACCCUAAGAUGAACCUCUCCUACCCUCUGUCACUGAUUUCCCAGUUAAACCAGAGCUGCUCUCCAACAGCAAAUGUGUCCUGCCCUUUGUCCACCGUUGCUUCUGAAUACAAGGAUGCCAUUGUGGACUGUGGACAGGCUGCAGCAGACCCUCACAUUUGCAGAGUGAUUUUACACUUGGCUCAUGAAGUUCCCAUCUGUAACGUGUCCGCAGCCAUAACGGCUGUGUUUCAGUCUCAGGAGAAUAUUACAUUUGAUGGCCGAACAACCAGGGCAGCGAUUUGUGGACAUUCAAAUGCCAGUGAGAACCUACUGGACUCCCGGUUGACAUGGAUGAACACUGACCUCCAGCAUGCAGACUUUUGCACGGCAGAGGAGGAGGGGGGCUCUUCCCCUUUCCUCGUCACUCAAACGUGUCAAGCAGGGAAUAACGUGGUGGUGGAGCUGAAGGAGCAAUGCGUUCCGGCAGUGUCAAGCACAGCCAGUUCAAAUGUGACAACCACACAACCGAACACAACCUCCACCAACACACCUUCACCCCCAGUGGACACAACAACGGCAUCGAACAGCACAUCCACUAACGACACUGAGAGCCAAGCUAGUGCUCUCCUUGAGCUGAGCUCUGAUGUGUCCAGACUCAACGCCAGUCAGGUGAACCAGCUGGUGUCUCAGCUGGAGGAUCUGUUGUCGGGUCCCAACGUGAGCCUGGCUCUGGCCAACAUAUCCAUCCACAUCGUUAGUAACCUGCUGGGCGCCUCCCCUGAGACAGUGGCCCAAUCGUCCAACAGAAUUAUUAGGAUUGUUGAAACGGUGGGCUUCAAGGUGGUCUUUGAAGGUGAAAACCAGACUCUCCUGGCACCUGCUUUGGCUCUGUCUGCCAAAGCAGUAGAUGGGAGCAACUUUCAGGAAGUCUUCUUCUCCAUCUUAGACCCCAGCGAUGUACAGGUUCGUGGGGAUUCCAGGCUCAGGAGGAACGUGAAGAACUCCUCCGCAUCCAUCCCUCAGGGCUCCGUCACACUGCCCCCCUCUUUAACCCAAAAUCUCACCUCGGAGGAGCAGCAGCUGGCCUCCAGAGUCCACUUCAGCUUCUACCAGAAAAGCACUGUAUUUCAGGACAGAUCUUUAGGAACACGGAGACUCAUCAGCGGCAUCCUGGGCGCGAGUGUUGCAAACAUGACAGUAACAGGCCUCCGCGAUGAUGUUGUGAUUCGCCUGAAGAACACUGAGCCAAUUCCCGCGAAUUUUGUGGCUUCAUGUGUCUUCUGGGACUUUGCAUUAAAUGACAGAAGCGGUGGUUGGAACACAAACGGCUGUCGUGUCCAAAACAGCACAGACAAUGUGACCGUCUGUGGCUGCAACCAUCUCACCAGCUUUGCUAUCCUGCUGGACCUCGCCAGGCAGCCUCUAACCAGUCGAGUCCAGGCCACCAUCCUGACCUUCAUCACAUACAUUGGCUGUGGGGUCUCUGCCAUUUUCCUGUCUUUGACCCUCCUCACAUACUUGGCCUAUGGCAAACUGCGCAAGGACAUCCCAUCUAAAAUCCUGAUCCAGCUGUGCCUGGCUCUCCUGCUACUCAACCUGGUCUUCCUGGUGGACGCUUGGCUGGCUCUGUACCCAGAUGCCAUGGGCCUCUGCAUCUCCACCGCCUGGUUCCUUCACUACUUCCUGCUGGUGGCCUUCACCUGGAUGGGCCUGGAGGCGAUGCACAUGUACCUGGCCAUCGUUAAGGUCUUCAACUCCUACAUGUCUCGCUACAUGCUCAAGUUUUCUGCUGUGGGCUGGGGUGUGCCCAUGAUUGUGGUCAUAAUUGUCAUAGCUGUGGACAAGGACAACUAUGGCCUGGUGUCCUAUGGGAGGUUUUCUGACGGCACAACUGAUGACUUCUGCUGGCUGAGAAACGACAUCGCCUUCUAUGUGGCGGUGGUGGCCUACUUCUGCAUUGUCUUCCUUUUCAACUUCAUCAUGUUUCUCGUUGUGCUGGUCCAGCUGUGCCGGAUGAAACGGCAGAACCCGCACAACUCACAGCACCGCACCGCAGGCCAGGACGUACGCAGUGUGGUGGGCAUCACAUUCCUGCUUGGCCUCACGUGGGGCUUUGCAUUCUUUGCCUGGGGGCCCGUCAACCUGCCCUUCAUGUACCUCUUUGCCAUAUGCAACUCCUUGCAAGGAUUUUUUAUAUUUGUGUUCCACUGUGCGGUGAAAGACGUGGUGAGGAGACAGUGGCAGACUUAUCUCUGUUGUGGCAAAAUGAGACUGGCAGAGAACUCCGAAUGGAGUCGCACAGCAACACAGAAGAUGGCAAAGAGGGCGUCCGUGACCAGAGUGACGUCUCUUCCCUCCUCGGCGCAGUCCAACAGCUCUUCCAGCACAUCAUCUUUCCUUGGUCACAACGUGGAGCUGACUCAAGGCAUAGGAAGUCCACUGGACGACAGAAUCAUGACAGCUGAUGAAGAGCCCAGCACUGAUGUCAUCCUCAACAGCAACAGAAACCAGCAGACACCCUGAUUGCUCAUUUGAAUGGGGACUAAACAGGAGCCAAAUAUUCAUAUUGAUGGUCUUUAUUUUUUUAAGCCCACAUUGCACUUAAUUUUCAUACAGUUGUCUACAUGAAUAAUUGUUGGAACACCACCCCCACUCAUGAAUGUUCCACUUGGUCCUUCAGUGUGUGGACACCAAAAGACUUCACUUCCUCAUAAUUGAUUUUAUUCUCAGAAGUCAUGACCACAAAACCACUACUAUGAACUUUCAUCUGACUCAAUAAUGACAUAUUCAGCAUAAACUCCAUUUUGUUCAAUGGUGAUGUCAAAUAUAAAUGUGCAGCUUACAAAAUGGUCAGUGUAAGUAAUGAGUAGUCACUGCAAUAUUGACUUUUCAUGACUGGUGCAUGAUACAAAUCGGUUUUGAACUUGCAACAAAGCCCCUUUUGAGUCAAGUAAAUGUAUCAAUUACUAUUUAAUCAUUUGGCUCGGCUUGUUUAAGCAAACAUGACUGAAGCUCGGUGCCGUCGAACAUGUCAAUAAACAUGCAGUAAAUGGCCUGCCUCAUCUUUAAUUACAAUAUGUCAAUGUUAGCAUUCCAUGUAGAAGCCAGUGUAAAUAUGAUUCAUGACUGCUUUCACAUUGUUGGAUGCUACUUUGAAAUCCUAGAAGCAUUCAUAUUAUGUGAUAUGCAGGUUCACAUGCUUCCUUAA